AUUAUUAAUAAAAUGAUUUCAAAUCCGAUGCUUGAAUCUAAUUAGAACAACUAAUAAACAAGAAGUGGAUAGUCUUAGGGAACUUACUAGAUGGUAAAAUCAAAUUAGAUUGAACUUUCUGUCAGAAAUAAACUCAUUGAGCAAGAAACAGAAUAUCCCAAAGUUCCACAGUCAAGAAAAUCGGAAAAAUUACUUUGCACAAAAUGUAAUUAAGUAGUAGAAUCUGAUGUUCAAUAUUAAAUGGGAAGGUGUAGUUUUAUAGUUAUGAUUGUCUUAAUUGUUGGUAUUAUUACAGCCUUAUUUGCUUUCCUUCCAUGUUUACUUGAUAAUUGUAAAGAUGCUAUUCAUAGAUGUUCAAAAUGUACCAAACUUAUUGGUACUAAAUAAUUUAUGUGUGGAUGA